AUGCUCGUAACUAAACGCUUGCCUACCUGCGGUAUUUGUAUCUCAAAUGCACUUAGAACUGGUCGUAUCGCUCGUUGUAUAAUACAAAUUACUCGUGAAAAGGUUUUUUUCAACUGGAAACGAGAACUUGAUAAGUUUAAAAAUACAUUUAGUUUCGACCCAGAACUUCAUGUCGUUCUAGGUCCUCCUAGUACUGGGAAAACCACAUUAAUCCGUGAGGUAAUGAGUAAUAGUAAUUUCAACCCUCUUUUCAUCAACUGUCGUGAAGGACAAUUUGACACAUCAAAGAGGAUAUAUGAUUUAAUAUCUUCGCAAUUCGAACCAUUUUUCAAAAAAUAUACGGAUCUCUUUAAAAGGUUACUUGAACAAAGAGAAGUCAGUUACACGAUGGAUGAUAUCCAAUUAAAAGUUAAGCUAUUUGGAAGGGAUCCAUUUAGCGAGAGAAAAAUCACUUCUAAUGAUGUCAGUAAGUUGCUUGAUAAUAUUGGUAAUGCUCUCCCAAAUUGGACUUGUUGGAGUGGUUAUGAUAUACCUCCACCCAUUUUGGUCAUUGAUGAAGCAAACAUGUUUAACCAACUUGGGAGUUCGGAAGAGGGAAAGGUUCUUCUCAAAUCAAUUUUGAGCUGGAUAGUG